GUCAGCAAUGUUCGGGGUCCCCAGUUUAGGCUUUCAAAUAGAGCUGAGCGGCUCAGGAGGCCAGAUCCCUGUCCGUGGCUCCAGGAGUAGGCUUUCUGCUGGGGGACAGGAUCCUCACAAACACCUGUGUCUUUGUGGGUCACUCCCCUCUGACAAGCUGGGAGGCAGGGUGCAGUUGUGGGAAAUCGUGUUUCCAUGAGGAGAGGGCCACCAAGUGGUGGGGGCACAGGAGACAGUGAGAAAGAGUCCCGCAGCCUUUCUGGAAUCAAAAAACUGGCAAAUGUGAAAAAGUGCAUAAUUUGUUUUAUUGAACAGGCUGCUUAUGUACGUUUGGAGGGCCAGGUUCAAGGACUCUGCAUCCCUCCAGGACAAUAGCCUCAAGAGAAGAACAGACAGAGCAGGAAGAGAUGUGGGGUUUCUCCCAGGAAUGAGGCAGAACAGGGAUUUCUGCAGAUUUGCAAGGAGACCCCGACCGCUGAGCACCGGGUUACAACCCCACGUGACCCUUGUCGUGUUUGGCUUGGGCUCUGGGUCUGGCCUGAUCAUGUAUUCUUCCAGCUGAGUUCCAGAAAUUCAGAGGGUAGACUUAGAGAGGCUGCGUUUGGAACCCGGUGUGGAGACGGAGGGUCCUUUAUCCUGAGUCCCCUCAGCCUAAUCACUGUAGCUGAGUUCCAACACCACCCAGGCCCCCAGGGUGGCCGUGGAGGGAGAGCAAGCCUGGCAGGUGACCCAGGGGUCCCACUGCUGUGCCCCUCCCUUAUCUUUGUUCCCUUUCACCCCGGAAGGUGUGAUUGUCUCAUGUCAUGGUGACAAGCCAUCUCUCUUCUCUGUCAGGUGGGAUCCCCACCCCCGCUCAGCCUUCUUUCUGCAUGGAUGCUGAAGGACCAGGCUCACUUGAAGUUCUGAGUUUGAGCAGUAAGGUGGAAACAAAGAAACCAAUGGAAACAAAGAAACAAGUCAUUGUGGCAAAGCUCCCCACCACAGAGAAGCUGCCCUGAGUGGAAGGGAGGAAAAGGCUGACCAGCCUCUGGUUCCCGUACCGGUCAACUGAUUGGAGUACCUUUCCAGUUUGGAAACAUCUGGGCAGGCCCAGCUGGUAAGUUUACUUUUCUACUUUGACCAAGCAAACUGAAGCCAACAGAAGAGAACUUUCACCAGCAACUCCCCGCACAUCCGCUCGCCUUCUGAUGUCUGUGACCUCACUCUCGCUGCCCCACCUCUUAUUACAGAUUGAACAGGAUCCAGGGGGAAGUACCAAGCCUGUCCCAUCGGCCAUCCUGUGUGUCAUGUCCUGUGACCCAGUGGAUGCUCAGCACCCUCCAGCUGAAGAAACAGAUUGCCUUAGGUACAUGAAAGGUGAGGACACCUACUAUCCCCAUGGAGCGCAGGUGGGGCUGGGAGUCUGCUGUCUGUACAGCCGGUGGGCUCGUGUUGCUUUGGGCAUCCCUGUGCCUGAAUUCCUGCAGUACACUCGGUGCCUGUUUCCUAAUCUGCAAAACUGGAAUGAUGUUAACCAUCCCGCAGUGCAUUCCAUGGUGCAUCCUCGCCUAGAAUUGAGUGGAAGCAAGUCCAUCUCAGAAGGGACAUACCUGAAGAGAAAUGGCUUUCCAGACUCUGAAGGGCAGAGAAAGCACCAGCCUGGGUUAGAGAAAGAGAACAGCAUCUCUGAGCCCGUCCUGGGUGACCUCACAGAGAUCACCCUAGUGGCCCAGGCUAGUGACCGGGAACAUGUACCUUCCUGCAGCCAACCCCAGACGUCCACUGAUGCAUCAUAUACUGGCAAAGAUCCUGGCCUGGGGGGGUGUUGGCCGCCGGAGAUUCGCCAGAUGUUGGACUCCAGCCAGGGGCGGCUUCUGCUGCCGUAGAGGCGGGACGCCGGUCUCCAGGUGAGCUUGGUCCUGGGAGGCGGCGGCGGCGGCGGCGGCUGGGGGUUGGGGUCCGUUCCAGGGAGCUGCUCCAUUUCUUCUCUCCCCCGCGGCCUGGCCUGGGGGCGACCUCUGCCGCCAGAGAUUUGCCUGAGGUCCGACUCCAGGUGAGCUUGCUCCUGGGAGAUGGGUGCGGUGCAGUCAGGGGGCUGGGAUGGUGGUGGCUGCGGGGAUAGGGAGGCUGCCCCGGGGGAGCUUGAGGAUUAGCUCCCAUGUCUGUGCCGCGUGGCCUGCAGGCGGCCUCUGCUGCGCCAGGUCCUGGGACAACCCUUUCCCACUUUGCCUGCUGGGGGCGGGAGGCAGGGUAGUCAGGGUGCACGGGUGGCGGGGGUCGGGGGCCUGCAGCGGGGGAGCGGGCACAUUUGCUCCCAUCUUCCCCGCGGCUUGUCCUGGGGGCGGUGUCUCUUGCCCUGGGUUAAGAGACACGUGUAUCCUAGUCAGCCUGGCCCCAGGAGGCGGGCGUGUUACGUUGGGGGUGGUGGCAGCAGCGGCAGGUUUUCCCAUGGAGCCGGUCCAUUUGCUCCCAUUUCUCCCCGUGGUUUGCCCUGGGGGCGGUCCCUGUUGUCCCUAGUUCGCCGGACGUCCAUCUCCAGGUCAGCCUGCUCCCUAGAGGCGGCCACCGUGAGGUCAGGGGGCAGGAGCGGUGGCUGCUGUGGGGGUAGGGGGCUGCCUUGGGGAGCUGGUGGAUUGGCUCCCGUCUCCCCGAUGGCCUGGUGUGGGAGUGGCCUCUCCUGCCUCAGAUCACCAGACACACCUGUCCCAUUUAGCCUGCUGGGGGAGGGGCGCCCUGGGAAGUGCCUUUAAAGUGUGGGGGAGGCGACGGCAGGCGUAGAGGACCUGCAGCGCGGAGCCGGUCAAUUUGCUCUCCUCUUCCCCACGGCCAAACCUGGGGGCGUACUCUGCUGCCCAAGAAGCCGGAUGCCCGUCUCCAGGUCAGCUUGCUCCUGGGAGGCGGGCGCGAUGCUGUCGAGGGGCAGAGGCAGCUGCGACGGCCGGCUGCCCCGCCUAAUGGGGCCACUUCUUCUCCUCUCCCCUGACCUGGCCUGGGGACGGCCUCUCCCGCCCAAGAUUAGCCUGAAACCCCACACCCGGUCAGGUUGCUCCUGGGAGGUGGGCGCGGUGACAUCAAGGGUUGGAGAGGAGGGGGGCUGCCCCUGGCGGGCUGGAGGAUAAGCUCCCAUCUCUCUGGAGGCCUGACGUGGGGGUGGCAUCUGCUGCCCCUCAUUCCUGGGUCACCCUUCUCCAGGACAUAUUGCCCCGGGGGUGCUGUAGGCUGCGGGGGCGGCGGGUUGUUGGCGGGGGUAUGGAGCUUGCCGCUUGGGAGCUGGUGGUUUAGAUCCCAUUUCCCCCGCAGCUUGGCCUGGGGGCAGCCUCUGUUGCCCCAGGUCGCAAAGCACUGUUUCCCUGACAGCUUAACCACCGGAAGUGGGCAGGAUGUGCUGAGGGGGCGGAGGCAGCCGCCAAGGCAGCGACGGAGGGGGCUGUCCCUGGCCAGCCGGUCAAUUUGUUCCCAUCUCAACAUUUGCUGUCCCAGUUUCGCAGGACGCCCUUCUCCAGUUUAUCCUUCUCCUGGGAGGUGACAUUUUAGGUUAUUGGGUCCCAGAUUGCUGGCACACUCAUCCCUGUUCUCAAACAUCUUUUAAACUUGGGUGAAGUGAUAAGUUGGGGAAGAAGAUGAUUUACUGAAAGUCUCCCGAGAAGAGAUUCAGACUGAACAGCUUUGUGUCGGACUUUGGAAGACCGCUGGUGCCCAAGGGGUUCUCUGGCAGCACAAUGACGAAUCUAGGUCCCUCUUUCACUGCUACGUCAAUGAAGUGGACCGCAUGGACAAGGCCAAAGCUGGUAUCCCAACCAUAGCCCUUGACAGUGAUGUUCGGCUCCAGGAAGCCAUCAGAUGCAGCAGGUGGCCAGAGAAGGAGCCUAACGGGCUCAUGAAAUGUGACACCCCCAGCUUCAUCAACACGGACCAGAACUCUUCCUUUGGGGAAGAUGAUCUCCUGAUUUUGGAACCACCGAUUGUUCUAGAAAAUAAGCCAGUUGCCCAGACCUCACACAAAGACUUGAAUUGGAAAUGUGCUUUGUCAAGUGUUUCUCUGAAGAUGUGAAGUCUGUCUUUGUAUGGCAGGAAGUCCCCUUUCACAAAAUUGUAUGUGUUUGUGUCUGAGAGAGAGAAAUGGAGACAGACAGAAAGACGGAGACAGAAGAGAGCCCCCUCAGAAGAGAGCUAGUUAAGCACCCCAGACUGACGAAGACAGUGGAGAAUGCCUCUGAGUUUGGCACUGAUUGCCUGGAGAAUGCUGAAACCCAGGGAAGUGGGCAGCACAGACGUUUACUCAUUUAAUCCUGCCAACACAGUAGGAGAUAGAGUCUACAUAUUCCUCGCUACUUAAAAGAUCCCUGCCUUCUCUCUGCUCCUCCUGUCCAUGUCUCUCCCUCCACUUUUCCCCUUCUCCCCUCCUCCUCCCAUCUUCUCCGUCCCUCCCUUCCCCAACUUCUCUUGCAGAACACAGAGAGGAUAGCUGGCCCUCCUGCGCAUGCGCAGUCUGUGCCAGCUGGACCGAGGGUUGGAAGCUGCAACUCCGAGCCGGGGAUCGGCCCCAAAGGCUUCUCAGCUCUUUCGCCCGCUCAGUGGUGUGGGCGCUGCUCCCCGGGCUGAGAGCCUCCGGCUGUGAACCCCAGCUUCUCCUGUUGGAGUCGGGAAAAGGGAGCGUCAGUGCUGAGCGAGCUUCCGUCUCCUCCCUCAGUGUUUCUGCCCCAGUACGUUUUGGUUACUGAGACCCUCGAAUUCCCAUAUGAAUUGUAGCAGCAGCUAGUCAGUUUCUGCAGAGGAGACCGCAGGGAUUGUGAUCGAGACCACGUUGAAUAUACGGAUCGUUCUGGGGAGCACUGCCAUUCCAAAAGCGCUGUCUUCUGAUCCAGCAAUGUGCGUGGUUUGUCCAGGUGCCCUCACCUCCAGUAGCAUCCAUCCAGACACCGGAACUGACACUGGCCGUGCUCCGAACUGCCUCAGCCCUGAAGACACAACUGACAAAUAGAAGGGGACCACGCCCUGUUACAGCAGGUGCUCUCACUUUGUGGAUCCUUAUGUAACUGAGCGGUGUUAAUCAGGAUUGCCCGUUCUACAUUGUGUGGCGCUGCUGCGGUGUCUCCUAGUUACUUGUUUCUUGUAAGAAUUCCGGUGACUUAGUUAGAAGCAUGCUUCCAAGCUGUCCGUGUCCUCGGCAUCCAGAAGCGGAGCCUGGAAGCUUCCGAAUUUCUCCAGAAUGCAGUCUACAUUCACCUUCGGCAGGGCAGGAAGCCUAGACCAAAAGCUGGGUAAUGUGAUCCGAGCUACGGUAGCCAUUUGAAGACUCUGAGGACAAACUGUACCUCCGGAUUUACUUGAGCUUCCCUUGCCUUCUGGUUGGUACACACCAGGUCAUCGCAACCCAGAUGGACCUGCAGCCCACAGUACAGUAUGUACCUCGAUCUCCUCUCCCCUCUCGUCAGGGCCUGCAGCAUGAGCAUCCCUGACUACGUGCAGUGUGCUGAGGACCACCAGACUUUCCCCGUGGUGGUCGAACACGUGGGGAUCAUCUCAGAGGAGAAUUUCUUUUGCAUCUAUAAGUGAAUCACCUUGGUGAGUCAGAUCAGUCCGUGCAGCUCCCAGUGGGCAAACUGUAUCCACUACAGGCACCACUAUGCACCCAAGAAUGGGUGGAGCGACUUCCAGACCCACCGCAAGGUCUUGGGCCUUGUCAUCAUUACUGAAUGCCUCUCGGCCAAGGCUUCGAAAAGCUCCACGUGCAGAGGAGCUGUAUGGCACCACGCUCUAUGACUCUCAGCUCUUUGACUUUCUGCUGCAUGGGGAGGUGGCCGAGCAGCCACGCACCGAAGUGGCCUUCAAUUUACGAGGACUGCAGGGUGGUGGAGAAGAGGAUCGACGACUUCACUGAGUCACUCUUCAUCUUGCCCAAGUCCAAGUGGCUGGACGGUGCAUCCGACAAUUCUGGGGACAAGAUCCUCCUUCUCUGCAUCCCAUUUGAGAAGGAGGACAUCAUGGGACUGGACACAGAAAGCAGUACGUUUUGGUUACUGAGUCCCUCAAAUUCCCAUAUGAAUAGUAGCAGCAGCUAGUCAGUUACUGCAGAGGAGCCCGCUGGGAUUGUGAUCGAGACCACGUUGAGUAUACAGAUCGCUCUGGGGAGCACUGCCAUCCCAAGAGCGCUGUCAUCUGAUCCAGGAAUGUGCGUGGUGUGUCUGUCCAGGGGAAAAGAGUACAAUUCAAAAAUAUAAAGAUUGUGAGCUAAUGAGAUAGACAAGACAACCGAACAUUUGUUAAAUAUCCUUUCAUGCCGGACACAAAUGUAUUAUACACACAAAAAGCACACAAAUCACGGUAGUACUGCGGUUACAAACGUGGGUCCGAGUUCGAGUCCUGCUCUGGAGUGACCAGUCCUGUGAGAUGGAGAACUGAGAUCUAUGUAUAGUUUUUUACAUUCUAUACCUGGAAAUUUCUCCAAAACUGCUUCCCACGUGAGUCCCAUGGCUCGGGAAUGGGGUGGUUCUGCUCAUUGACGGGGGUUGGCCAGAAACAGAAAAUGACAGCCUCAAAGGAGCCUGGGAUUUGUCAGUUAUGUUUUGUCAGUGCUGUAGAUUUCAGAAAACGCUUUCACCGUUUCUCUCCAUCUGAGGUGGCAGCGUGCUCUCUUAGCAGCAUCAGGAGCUCAGGGCCGCGGGAUGGUGGGGGCUGACUGCACUGCUAUCAAGACAGCUGUGCCAGUCACUGCAGGCGUGGUGAUUUUACAUAGUGCAUUUCAUGUUCUUUAAUAGGUUUCAACAGGUAGUUAAUUAACUGAGUUAAUUAACAUUUAAAAAAUAUGAUGCUUUGUUGAAAAGACAGUUAUAGGCAGAAUAUAAGUUGUGAACACUUUAAAAACGGUUUCAUUACUGAAAUUUUAGUAGGGAAGAUUUAGUUUAUCUUAUUUACACCUCUCUUCAAAAGUAACAAAGAAACAAGACAGAAAAAGCAGAGGAUGAUUUCUGUUCUUCCUCUCGGCUUGCAGGUGCCCUCACCUCCAGUGGCAUCCAUCCAGACACCAGCACUGACACUGGCCGUGCUCAGAACUGCCUCAGCCCUGAAGACACAACUGACAAAUAGAAGGGGGACACGCCCUGUGACAGCAGGUGCUCUCACUUUGUGGGUCCUUAUGUAACCGCGCAGUGUUAUUCAGGAUCGCCCGUUCUACACUGUGUGACGCUGCUGCCGUGUCUCCUAGUUAUUUCUCGUUCCUAGGAGAGAAUUCAGCAGUGCAGCAUCCUCUCCGAGCUCUAUGAGUUGAUCGGCUUCCACUGCAAGUCCGUCUUCUUCAAGUGGGUGGCCCCCGUGCAGCGCUUGGCCCCCGGCAUCCCGGACCCUGGCGGGAAGGCCUGCUACCGACUCCUUCUGCAGACGCUUCCUGGCUACAGUCUGUCACUGAUUCUGCAGGAUUCAACAAAGGUUUUGGGACUAAAACAUUGCUUCAGUCCGAUUAACCAUGCCUUGUUUGGGCCCUGCUCUCCUGUCUCAACAGGGUGAAUUGUGAUUCGUGUAGAGCAGGACACAGCAGACUUUUUUCUGUCAAGGGCUUGGGAGGCAAUAUUUCAGGAUCUGCAAACCUCCUGAUCUCUGGUGCAGCUGCUCAGCUCUGCUGUUCAGACGCCAGAGCAGCCGGAGAGUCCACACACCCACAGAGCUUUAUUCACAGCAGUGGCUGGGGCUGGAUUGGGUGUAUGAACUGCAGUUUGUCCCCACAGCCUCCUCACUAUUGACGACUGUACCUGAGCGUGCAUUUGCGACAAUGGGUGAACCUACACUGACACGUCAUCAUCACCAAGAGCCCAUACUUGACACUAGGAUUUACACUUGGUGGUGUGCACUCUGUGGGUUUGGACAGAUGUACAAUGACACGUUUCUACCAUCACAGCAUCAUACAGAGUAGUCUGUCUUAGUGACCAUAAAAAUGCUCCUUGCUGCACCUCAUUCAUUACUCCUUCCCCUCUAGCCUCUGACAGUAACUGAUCUUUUAGUCUCUGUGGUUUUGCCUUUCCCAGAACACCAUACAGUUGGAAUCAGACAGUUGCAGAAUCUUCCCAGAUCGGCUUCUUUCACUUAGUAAUAUGCAUUUAAGGUUCCUCCAUGUCUUUCCAUGCCUUGAUAACUCAUUUUAUUUUAACACCAUAAAUAGUCCAUUUUCUGCCUGGACCACAGUUUAUUUAUCCAUUCACCUACUGAAGAACAGCUUAGUUGUUUCUGAGUUCUGGUGAUUAUGAAUAAAGCUGCUAUUAACAUCUGUAUGCAGAUUUGUGUGUGGACGUAAUUUUCCAUUUUGUUCAGUAAACACCAAGGAGCACAGUUGCCAGAUCAUAUGGUAGGAGUACGUUUAGUUUUGUAAAAAAUUGCCAGACCGUCUUCCAAAGUAUCUGGGCCAUUUUUCAUUCCCACCAGCAAUGCAAGAAAAUUCCUGACGCUCCACAUCCUCACCAGCAUUUGGUGCUGUCAGUGUUCUGAGUUUUGGCAGUUCUGACUGGUGUGCAGUGAUAACUCACUGUUUCAGUCUGCAGCCCCUUGAUGACAGAUGCUGUGGAGCAUGUUUCCAUAGAUUUCUUUGGCAUCUAGUUUCCAUGUUGAGGUGUGUGUUGAGGCAUUUUGCUCAUUUUUUAAGCAGGUUAUUCAUUCUUCUUGUUGAGUUUAAAGAGAUUUUGGUGUAUUCUGGAUAUCAGCCCUUUAUCAAUGUGUCCCUGCCCUUCACCUGCAGCACCGGAGUUGUCCUUUGGGUCUCAGUGGAGUGUCAGCUCUUCAAAGAGGUUCCCUGUCUUCCCUCACCUAAAUACUGUCCUUGAACUUUUCACUUUCAUUGACUCACUUUGUUCUUUUUAAAUAGCAUUUCCCAUAAUUUGUAAGUACAUUAAAAAAAAAGGCAAUGAUUGAACACUGCCUCCCCCACCAGGCUGUGUGCCCUGUGAGAGCAGAGACCCUGUCCCCACUCACCAUGUCCCAUGACAGCACAUGUCACAUGUCCAUGUAAAUGUGUGUAACGUGGGGCCAAACCUGAUGAGCAGCUAUGACGACAUGUGUUGGCUACCAUUCAUUGAAUAGAGUUUGUUUCUUGAUCUUAAUUUUAAAUCACAUGAAUGAAACAUGUUUCUUUUGAAAAAUAAAACAACAAAGCACACCUCCAUGUGAUUGGUAAUUUCUACUUAGCCUUCUGACCCAGGAGGGGACGUUCACCAUCAUUUUGUGGAGGAGGUUGGGGAGGUAAAGUAGGAGAGUGAGAUCAAAUAAAGUAAAAAUGAUAACAAUCAGCUGGCUUUAUUUUCACUAAGACAAAUGUUACUUUAAACCAUACCUCAGCUGUUGUUCUGUUGUUUUAAACACUUCUCAUAGAAUUAAAUGGAAGCCCACUAAACCCUGAAAGGGAAAUUAUGUGCUCAGGUCCUGAAAAGUGUUUAUGUCUAUUUCUUGAAAUGCACAUUUUCCCUGCUGGUUACAGAAUGUCAUGGAGGGAACACAGCCGUGAGCUGUGUGUGUCUGCCAGCUUCACGGGCUGCUCACUGUCAUUUUCAUUUUCUUGUGUUGCAGUGUAUGAAGGUUUUCCAUCAGACUGUUUGCUCAGCCCCUUCCUGAAUGAGGGAUUGAAUUUUCCACAGGAAAUCUUAUGGAAGAGAGUGACAAGGCACAUGGGUUUCCCAAAAAGCAAUAGUUGUUGUAAUAAACUCUCACAUUGGUGAACUUUUUGAAUACAAGCGAGUUGAAAAUUUUAUCACUAGGUCAUAUGCCACAAAUCUGUCUUAAGAAUAAAAAGAUUCAGAUUUUAUAGAAGAAGCAGUUUGAAUCAAGUAUAAAUUACAAUUUGUACACUAGUUGGUGUUAGAACAUGUACUCACUCUUACCAUAAUUGCCUGUGGUAGGAACUGGAUCAUUAUUUAUUUAUUUAAAAAAAAUCCUCAAGGUUCUACUUGCCUCAUUCUUGAUGCGGCAGUGCUGAGGUUAGUUAAGUUGGGACAUUUAGAAUUCUUGGCUAGGUUUUCAGGACAUUGAUUUCAGCCUCUUUAUCUUUUUUAGAAUCUCUUCUUUGUGUCGGUCUUUGGUCUUUUGACAAUGUGGAAAUACUGCACAGAUCAGUCUUUCCCUUUUUCCUGUCUUUAUGGGAAAAGAUUUCUGUAAGACACACUACUAGGACAUUAAGCAUUUUGUGUGGGGUAAGUUUGGUCGGCUCAAAGGAUUUCAAUUAAUACGUAUUAAUACUUGCUAUUCAGCUAAUGAUAAGAAAAUUAUAAAAUAACUUAAUUAUACAUCAAUAAAUAUAGUACAAUAAGCCCAUCACCCAGAUUAAGGAAUUCACAAACAUUUCCAUAUUUCCUUUAUUCAGACCUUUGUUCUUUUACUUGUCCUUUGUUGAAGUAUUUGACAGCAAAUUCAAGAAAACAUGUCAUUUUACCCUAUGUACUCAAGUAGGCAUGUCUGAAAAAUGAGGGCCAUUUCUUUGAUCAGGUUUUUCCAUUUGACUUAUGUGCUCGUUAAGUACCAGCUGUAUCAGGCAUCUCACUAGGCAUUAGGAAUCCUUGGGGCAAUGAGACAGUCCUGGCUCCCAAGGAAGUUAAGGGCUGAUGGAAGAAACCAACACAGGAGCUUAGGUGCCUCACCUAAGGUCCCUGCGGGAUGACACCAAUUGGAAAAAAUUUGUGCACAAUACAGUGGGAUUCACAGAAGGGACUGGUCAGACUAGUAGGGCAGGCCGUGAGAGAGGCGGUCAGCAGGGCUACAAGAGGAGGAAUCAUUUGAUCAGAAUCUGAAAUCUUUUCUGCCAACCUUCCUACCAAGCCCUAGGGCCCAUCACACACAACCCUGUGCUGUAACUGUUUUUGAUUCCUGUUACCACGUCUCCUUCAGGAAGGAUUUUAAGGUGGAAAAUAUUUAAAAUCAGUAAUUGUUGCCAGAAGGGACAUAGAACAAAGAACAUGGAAACAACACAAAUGUCCAUCAGCACAUGACUGGAUAAAGACAAGGUGAUACAUAUCUACAAUGGAAUACUACUCAGCCAUAACAGAUGCAAUUUGCAGCAACAUGGAUGGACCUGAAGACUGUCAUUCUAAGUGAAGUGGGGUGAAAAGAGAAAGAAAAAUGCCAUAAGAUUUCAUUUAUGAGGAAUCUAAAAUUAAUAGCAAUAAUAAUAAGACCACAAAUGAACUAAUUGUUAUUUUGAUUUCUUGAAUAUGCUUAAGCACAUAUGACUGUCCUUUGUGAUUGGAUUACCAUAUUCUGUUUAUUAUUCUUUUGUAGUUGGCUUUAUUCCUCUGGUAACUAUGUAAGUUUAAAAAUCUGAAACUCUAAUCUGUUCUUAGAAACAAUAAUUAGUACAUAUAUGUAACUAAAAAAAUGCAGUAUACUCUAUACAUGUAUUUACAUGCAAUGUGUAUGUGGAGUUGAACUGUAAUAAUUAUACCUAAUAAUACUGAAAAAGGAAAAAAAUAAAAUAAUAUAUAAAAAAACUA